GGGACACCCCGCCCUGCCGGGGCGGGACGAGCUGCCAGCAAGGAGCCGAGGCGUGUAAAAGCGAGGAAGAGGGGCGAGUAGCACGGAACUGAGACGGUUGCAGUGGGAGUGCACACGAGCAAACGUCUGAAAUGGCAUCUGAGGGAGAUAAACUUUGGGGGGGAAGAUUCAGUGGAAGCACAGAUCCCAUCAUGGAGAUGCUCAACUCUUCCAUUGCCUGUGAUCAGAGACUAUCUGAAGUUGAUAUCCAGGGGAGCAUGGCUUAUGCCAAAGCCUUGGAGAAGGCUGGCAUCCUAACUAGAACUGAGCUGGAGAAGAUCCUGAGUGGCCUGGAAAAGAUCUCUGAGGAAUGGUCUAAGGGAGUCUUUGUGGUGAAACAAAGUGAUGAGGAUAUUCACACUGCCAACGAACGCAGACUGAAGGAGCUGAUUGGGGAUAUAGCUGGAAAGCUGCACACUGGAAGAAGCAGGAAUGAUCAGGUUGUGACUGACCUGAAGCUGCUCCUGAAGAGUUCCAUCUCUGUCAUCUCCACUCACUUGCUGCAGCUCAUCCAGUCCUUGGUGGAGCGCGCUGCUACAGAAAUUGAUGUUAUCAUGCCUGGCUACACCCACCUGCAGAAAGCUCUGCCCAUCAGAUGGAGCCAGUUCCUGCUCAGCCACGCUGUUGCACUGAUUCGUGACUCUGAGCGCCUGGGUGAGGUGAAGAAAAGGAUGAACGUCUUGCCUCUGGGAAGUGGUGCUCUGGCUGGGAACCCACUGGAAAUUGAUAGAGAGCUUCUGCGUAGUGAACUGGACUUUGCAUGCAUCAGCCUGAACAGCAUGGAUGCCAUCAGUGAGAGAGACUUUGUGGUGGAAUUACUCUUUGUUGCCACCCUGCUGAUGAUCCACCUUAGCAAGCUGGCCGAAGAUCUCAUCAUCUUCAGCACCACUGAAUUUGGCUUUGUGACUCUCUCUGAUGCCUACAGCACUGGGAGCAGCUUGAUGCCUCAGAAGAAGAAUCCUGAUAGCCUGGAACUGAUCCGCAGCAAAGCUGGUCGUGUGUUUGGACGGUUGGCUGCUGUUCUUAUGGUUCUCAAAGGACUUCCAAGCACCUACAACAAGGACCUGCAGGAGGACAAAGAAGCUGUUUUUGAUGUUGUGGACACUCUGACUGCUGUGCUCCAGGUUGCCACCGGAGUGAUUUCUACCCUCCAGAUCAACAAGGAGAACAUGGAGAAGGCUCUGACCCCUGAGUUGCUGUCUACUGAUCUGGCUCUCUACUUGGUUCGUAAAGGAAUGCCAUUCAGACAAGCUCACGCUGCUUCUGGGAAGGCCGUCCACCUUGCUGAGACUAAAGGCAUUGCUAUCAAUAAACUCACUCUAGAGGACCUGAAGAGCAUCAGCCCUCUGUUUGCCAGCGAUGUCUCCCAGGUCUUCAACAUUGUCAACAGCGUGGAGCAGUACACUGCUGUGGGCGGCACUGCCAAGAGCAGCGUGACUGCCCAGAUCGAGCAGCUGAGGGAGCUGCUGAAGAAGCAGAAGGAGCAAGCUUAGAGUGUGGGGACAAAUCCCGUGGCUGCAGCGUUGUGCUUAUCACACUAAUCCAGAGUUAAUAAACACUGUGGUGUAUUGUAGUUCA